AUGAACACGGUCCACAUCAAGCGUGGCUCCGUUCGGCAGGGCAAGUACGACAUCUAUUGGAGUAAGGACAAUGAGUGGGCCAUCAUCGACGAUGAAGAAGAGGAGGAGAACGAGCGCCGGCUGAAGGAUGCCUACCACCACCCCCGCCUCAGCUCGCGAUACCUGACCGCCGGCCUCUUCGUAGUCCUGGUGCCCGCCAUGUGCGGUUUGCUCUGGUGCUGCCGGGAGCGUGCUGUGCAACCCCACUCCACCCUACUUUCUCCCGGUCUUCGUAUUCUCUUUCUGGGCAUCCGAUUGCUCGGCCGUGGCGAUGGCGGCAUUCGACCCGACAUGAGCCGUUCUCUUGGCGAACGCCGAAUCGGAUGA